AUGUCAUACAAAACAGGCCAGUGGGUUGAAUCGGAAAUUGCCAUCUCGGAUCCAAUACGAAGAAUCAACAACAUAAUUAAUUUGGGGACGCGACUGGGGAAAUAUUGGAUGAAUGAACCGAUUACUCUCGAUUUCAAAGUGACAAACAAGGAAUGGAAUUGUCACGAUAAUUUGAUCUUUCUCAAAAGUUAUGUCAAAUAUGAGCCAAUUCUAAUCAUUACCAAAGUUCCACGAAAUCAAAUCGGAUCGACAUUACCAGAUGAUAGAAGUGAAUUCAAGUUCAGUUGUUUGCAGUUCAUAGCCACCACAAGAUAUAAUAAUAAAGAACUAGCCGAAGUCAAGUCAUCUAUCAACAAGUAUUCAUCUAUCCAUUCCAAAAAAGGGAAGAAGAUAUUGACUGAAGCAAAGAAGACAUCUGAAACAAGCAAUUCUGAUUAUCGAUUAAACUCUGAAACUGAAAACUCUCCAGCCUCUUCAAAUCAAUUUGGAAAUGCCUUCUCAUCUGCAAUCCCACCUCCAAGUCAUCCCAUUCCGUUGACUGGUUUCAAUGCAAAUCCUUCAGGAAAUUAUCCAUCUUCUACUCAUAUCUCUCAACGAGUAUCUGGAAACGAGCAGCAAGGCAAUCCACUUAUCCCAAACAACUGGAUUCCCCAAAUGCUUCCGUACAAUAACUAUCCAUAUCCGAUGUUUCUACCAACAUUUUAUACUCCAGCUUACCUUCAGAAUAUGUACAAUCAACAGGUACAACCUCAGGGAAAUACUCCAUUCCCAUACCCACAUUAUCCCAGUUCUCAGUAA